GCACUUGCUCCAUUGCGCGUCAUGAUCGACCCCCGACGAUACAGCCCCGCGGACGCACCCGCCUUCGGGAAACUCGAGAAGUUCGAUCUCUCCGACAACUCGGACGAUGACUGUCGCCCACCUCGUCCGGUAACUCCACGUCGUCGCCUGUCGAUCUCCCUCGCCUUGGAGGACAGCCCCCCGACUGAACGAGAGCUCCUCCACCCAGCCAACUGGACGUUUGUGGGCAAGUGGCAGCGAGCGUUCCGCGCAGCAGUACCAGAAAUAGUGACUGUGACCCAUGGAGAGGGCGAGUUUGUCAACCUGGGAAGCACGUUCGCCCCUCCCGACAUCACGUCAUGCUUUUCAUCGUCUGCGUCCGACUGGCUCGUCCUAACGCAGGCGAUUCCAUGUCCCGACAAAGCCACGUCGUCAAAGUCCCUCCAACUGGCGCUCGCGUACGCGACGCACAGCCACCACAGUGGGGCGUUUGACGUCGCGCUGCAUUCGCUUCCGUCUGGCAAAAUGCACUUUCAUGAAUCGUUCCACCCGAAGGCGGGCAUUCGAUGGCGCCAACUUCGUCGCGUCCUCGACCUUUCCCGCGUGCCGCCGACGGAUUCGUCAUUGCAGCUCCAAUGGCGGGGCAAGGGGGCAGACGAAGAGACAGGCGAGAGUGCUGCGAACGAAAUCUUUGUCGGAGCCAAGGUCGCCAACAUCUCGCUGCGAUACAUCCUGGAGGGCUCCUCAGGGUUCAACGACCUGCUCGAGCUGUCGUCGGUUCGCACGACCGAGCUGAUUCAUCCAGACAAAUGGACGUUCUCGGGAGACAUUAUUGUGGAGACUCGUCUCGACUUGCCGGAAGUCAUUGAAGUCCCGCCUGGUGCAAUUCUGGUCAACUUGGGCGGAUCCAUGGCCCCUCGGUCGAUCCCGUACUGCUACACGUCGUCGCAUGGGUGGGGCGAGCUACUCCAAACGAUUCCCCUGGUCCAUCGGCCCGUGCCUCGUCUCCACCUGACGCUAUGUCAUGCCGUACGAUAUGACCAGGGCGGCCAAUUCGCCGUUGAAAUCUCAUCGCUUCCGUCGGGCACGGUGCUGCUCCACGAACGCUUUGCUCGUGACAAGGGUUUGACGUGGCGCAAGCUGGUGCGAAUCAUCGACACGUCGAGUAUGCCCCGCCACGACGCAAUUCUCAUGUUCAAAUGGAGUGGCACGGAUUCGGACGGAUGCCGCGAACACUGCGGCGCCAAAGUGGCCAAUAUCUCGCUCCAAGUCCUGCCCCAUGGAGCUGACUGUAGCAGUGACGACGUCGAGUUGACGUGGUAUUAGGUCCAACCGUCACAAGUCUGUAGAGUGAGAACUCUAUGGCCCACAGUAGCAGCAGCAUCGUAGCACGUACGCUAGCGCGAAUGAAUUGCUCUCAGGUACUGCCGCAUAAUUUGGCCUUUAGCACGAUGUACUCACGUC